AUGGUUUGGAGGGAGCAUUUUUCUCAUGUUAUAGUGGAAAAUGACUCAAAGAUUUUGAUUGACAUGAUUUAUGAUAAUUACAAGUUUAAUGGGAAUGUCCCUAUUCUAGUUCACCGUAUCCGGAAACUUCUAAAGUUGAGGUGGCAUGUACAAAUCAACCAUACUUUGCGAGAAGAAAAUAGAAAUACUGAUUGGCUUGCAAACUUCAGCAUUUCUAUGGAUCAUUUGAAUGUUUUUGUUUUGGAGAAUUCUCCUAAAGAGCUUCAAAAGCUCUUUUUUGAUAAUGUUUCCGGGGCUUGCAUGCCCAAGAAUGUCCGGUUAACUUAA